AUGAAUCAUGUACUAGUAAUAGGGGGUGACGGGUUCCUUGGUCGUUGGAUAGUAGAAUUGUUGCUUCGUCGGAACUCUGACCCAAAUCAGCCCAAUUAUGCAAUUUCAAUUUUCGAUUUACAACAACGAUAUUUUGACGAGUCUUUAACUUACUAUACUGGAAACCUUACGCAAUAUGAAGACAUUAAUUUAGCCAUUGCAAAAUCUCGCGCGAAAACUUUGAUACAUACAGCGUCGCCACCGCAUGGCUUAAAUUCCAAAAUAUACUGGGAUGUUAAUGUGGGUGGGACGAAAAAUGUGUUAAAAGCUUGUGUGGAGAAUGGUGUCGAAAAAUUGGUGUUCACUAGCAGUGCUGGUGUUUUGUAUGAUGGAAUUAGCGAUUUGGUCAAUGUCGAUGAGACUGCUUCUUUUCCGAAAGUUUUUCAUGAUGAUUAUCAUGAGACAAAGGCAGAAGCAGAGAAAAUUGUGCUUGCGGCAAAUAGACAGAAUGGCCUUUUGACUUGUGCUAUUCGUCCAUCAGCAAUAUUUGGACCUCGGGAUCAGCAAUUGGCAGCGGGAAUGAUAAAAGUGAUGGAACGAGGUCAAACAAAAUUUCAAAUUGGUGAUAAUUUUAAUUUAUUUGAUUUCACGUACGUCGAGAAUGUCGCGUAUGCUCAUUUGCUUGCAAUGGAUAAGUUGAGUAGCGAUCCUGAUAUUAAAGUAGGCGGUGAGGCAUUUUUAAUUACUAACGGGACUCCUAUUCCAUUCUGGGACAUGCCACGAUUUAUCUGGAGCCAAUUCAAUCAUUACCCGCCAUACUAUAUAAAAAUGUCGCGAACGGCCGGGCUCGCUUUAGCCUAUUGUGCCGAAUGGGCUUGUUAUCUGCUCAAUCGUGAACAAGGGUUCACCCGAUACCGGGUAAAGUACGCGUGUUCAUCGCGUUAUUUUAAUAUCAAUAAAUCGAAAACUAUACUUGGGUAUAGUCCGCCUGUUGAUUUAGAAGAAGGAAUCAAACGUACUUGUGAGCAUCUUGUACAACAGAAUCCGAAAAAUGGUAAAUAA